AUAAAAACCCGCAAAAUUGAUCAUUCAAGACACAGUUGUUCGAUCUGAUUGACUCAGGCUUUUAACAAAACAUCUAUCAUCAUGAAAAUGUUCAUCGUUCUUGCUGCCCUCGUGGCUGUAUCCCUAGCUGCUCCAGCUCAACAGCAGCAACAACAAGUCCAAGUUGUCCAGGAAAAAGUUCAUGACAACAUUGGAGUUGGUGAUUACAGUUACAGUUACCAAUUAAAUGAUGGACAAUCAGUCGAACAAUCUGCCCAACUUCGAAGUGCAGCUGGUGUUGAAAGUCAAGCUUAUUAUGUAGUUAGCGGUAGCUUCAGUUACGUUGAUCCAGUAACCAACCAGAGCUACAAAGUCACCUAUACUGCUGAUGAAAAUGGAUUCCACCCAGUUGGAGAUCAUCUUCCAGCCUAAUUUACUCACUCCAACUGCUUUCUAAGUCUUCUUAUUUUUCAAUAAAAAAUUAUCUCCUAA